AUGUUACACGCUGAUGUUCAAUAUGUUCAUUUACAAUGUGAUAGCGGACGUGGAUUGGAACUAGUUUCUACAGAAAUAGGUGAAACAAUGGAACAUGUAAAAUUUGUGCUACCAAAUGCACCAAUGCGUUCAAUAACUAUUAAUAGGGGCAUGAUAAUGCGUGGAUGGUUUGAUCUUACAACUCUAAGUUUAGAUGAAAUGGUGGAUGAAGAUGGUGUGAUGGAAUCUAUUUCUCAAAAUGAAAUUGAUUCUGGAAUUGCUUCUAAUCGAAUUGUUGUCGGAGGAAUUUCUCAAGGAGUUACAAUAGCUCUUGGUGCAGGAAUAUCAUCAGAAUAUCCUUUGGCUGGAAUGUUUGGAUUUAGUGGGUUUUUAAGAAUACAAGAAAAGAUUAUUCAAAUGUCCACUCAAGCAAAUAAGAACACACCAAUAUUUAUGACUCAUGGUGAUAGUGAUGAGCUUGUAGAUUAUCAAUAUGGUAAACAGUCUUCAGAAUUUCUUAAAAAAAAUGGGCAAGUGGGAGUCAAGGAUGGAAAAUUUUGUUGUGCUGAAAAAAUCCAACUCAAAUUCCAAGCUGAUUACAUUGUUGAAUUGACUGGUAUAUUGACAAAGCUUCUACUCAUUUGA